AUGCUUAAAACUUACAAGACAUUUUUAUUCGAUGCAGAUGGCACUCUUUGGGAUCCGGCCGGUGUAAUUGAUGGUGCUGCUGAUUUUCUCCAGUAUUUAAAACAAACUGGUCGAAGCGUCCUCCUCGUAACGAAUAAUAGCACAAAAUCAGUAGAAAAAUACUUGGAAAAGUGCAACAAAUUAGGACUACCACUUGAAGCAUCAGAGAUUGUAUGUUCCGCCAAUAUUACCGCCACUUCCUUAGCUAAGCAGGACUCCAAGGGUCCAUACUAUGUUAUCGGACAAUCUGGCCUUGGCGAAGAGUUGGACAAAGUUGGAAUCGAGCAUUUUGGUAUCGGGCUGGACAGCACACCUUUAGACGAAUUCGAUGCAUCGCACCUGCGGGCCAACAUUUCAGGCGUGAUCGUCGGAUUUGAUUCCCACUUUAACUACAUGAAACUUAUGAAAGCAACAAGUUAUAUCGUGCGAGGUGCCCCAUUUUACGCUACAAAUGAGGAUGCGCUUUUGCCGUGCUCCGAAUAUAGCAUGCCCGGAACGGGCUCCAUAGUCGCCUCCGUUAGAAAGGCUUCCGGUGUGGAGCCGAUAGUUUUUGGGAAGCCCUCAAAGACAGUGUGGGAGUUUGUCAAGAAUAAAUAUGGAGCUGAGGAAAAGACAACAUUGCUUGUUGGAGACAGACUGGACACGGACAUCCAUUUGGGCAGGGUGUCAGGUCUGUGUACAGCGUGCGUGAUGAGCGGAGUGACCUCGGAGGCAAUUCUGGCCGCAGCUCGCGCAGACCCGGCUAAGGCCACCCUCCUAGCACCAGAUUUGGUAUAUCCCAGCGUCUUGGAGAUGCACCAACAACUGUUAGAGGAAGACAAAAGGCAGGGCAGCCCCCACCCAAAUUCUAUUCUUGAAAACUGA